AUGUCCGAAGAAGUUGUUGCAAAAGUACUGUCCGGUACUGAACUGUCCAAGGAAACGAAAAGCAACUUAAAAAAACAAACGGCUGCACUUGCUGAACAUUUUAAUGGGUUUAAAGCUCAUCUCGUUAUUGUUCAAGUAGGAGGACGUGAUGAUUCCAAUGUCUAUAUUAGGCAGAAAAUUAAGUCUGCGGCCGAAGUGGGUGUCGAAGCAUCACAUGUACAGUUUCCCAAGACAAUUACUCAAAAUGAGUUAUUGUCAGAAAUCAACAAAUACAACAGUGAUUCAUCCGUACAUGGUAUUAUCGUUCAAAUGCCAUUAGAUUGUAUAGAAAAUAUCGAUUCACAUUUAAUCACCAAUGCUGUUUCUCCUGAAAAGGAUGUUGAUGGUUUAAACAUUGUUAAUGAAGGUCGAGUAGCCAUUGGUGAUUUAACUGGUCUCAUUCCUUGCACUCCAAAUGGUGUUAUUCAACUAAUCAAAAGAAGUGGGAUUGAAAUUUCUGGAACAAGAGCUGUGGUGUUGGGCCGCAGUAAAAUUGUUGGUGCACCUGUGGCUAGUUUACUUUUAUGGCAUAAUGCUACUGUUACAAUUUGUCAUUCCAAAACUAAGGACAUUGAAAAUGAAGUAUCUAAAGCAGAUAUUUUGGUGGUUGCUAUUGGCAAACCAGAAUUUGUUCAUGGGUCAUGGAUAAAACCGGGAGCAGUAGUUAUAGAUUGUGGUAUCAAUUCUCUUCCAGACUCUUCAAAAAAGUCUGGUUACCGUUUGGUUGGAGAUGUCCACUAUGCAUCAACAUCUCUAAGAGCAUCCGCCAUAACACCAGUGCCUGGUGGUGUUGGACCUAUGACUGUUGCUAUGUUGCUAUCAAAUACUGUACAAGCAGCUACAAAGGUUGCAAACACUAUUUACAAGACCCAAUGGAAUUUAGACAUACUUCCUUUAAAACUUCAAAGACCAGUGCCUAGUGAUAUUGAAAUUGCUAGAAGUCAAGAACCAAAGAAUAUAAUGGUGUUGGCUAAAGAAAUAGGUCUAAACGAAUCUGAAGUGAUUUUGUAUGGUAAUAAAAAGGCUAAAAUUUGUAUAUCCACUUUAGACCGCCUAAAGAACAUAAAAAACGGAAAAUAUAUUGUUGUUACCGGUAUCACACCAACAUCUUUUGGUGAAGGCAAGAGCACGACAACAGUAGGUCUCGUUCAAGCCUUAGCAGCACACUCUAAAAAAAAUACUAUUGCUUGUUUGAGACAGCCUUCACAAGGACCAACAUUUGGAAUUAAAGGUGGUGCGGCCGGCGGUGGUUAUUCUCAAGUAAUACCAAUGGAAGAUUUCAACCUCCAUUUGACUGGUGAUAUACAUGCAGUUACAGCUGCAAACAAUUUGAUGGCUGCACAAAUUGAUGCUCGUAUGUUCCAUGAGGCUACCCAAAAAGAUCAAGCCUUAUAUGAUCGUCUUGUACCAACUGUGAAUGGUGUACGUAAGUUCUCUCCAAUACAACUGAACAGAUUAAAGAGGCUUGGAAUCGACAAAACUGACCCGUCAACAUUGACUGCUGAAGAAAUCACUUCUUUUUCGAGGCUAAAUAUUGAUCCAGAUACUAUAUCGUGGAAUAGAGUAAUGGAUACAAAUGAUCGAUUUUUGCGUAAAAUUACUAUUGGCCAGUCACCAACUGAGAAAAACCAUACUCGGCAAACAUGUUUUGAUAUAUCUGUGGCUAGUGAAAUCAUGGCCAUUCUGGCUCUGGCCAAAGAUGCCAGCGAUUUAAAAGAAAGACUAUCACGUAUAGUAGUGGCUCAAGAUAAGAAUAUGGGUAAUUUGACAAGUAAAGAUGUCACUGCAGAUGACUUAGGUAUGACUGGUGCAAUGGCUGUGCUUUUGAAAGAUGCUAUUAAUCCAACGUUGAUGCAAACACUUGAGGGGACCCCAGUACUGGUGCAUGCCGGCCCAUUUGCUAAUAUUGCUCAUGGUGCGUCAUCUAUUGUAGCAGAUUUGCUUGCUUCUAAACUAGUAGGUCCCGAUGGCUUUGUUGUUACUGAAGCCGGUUUUGGAUCAGAUAUUGGAAUGGAAAAAUUUUUCAACAUCAAAACCAGAUAUUCUAGUCUUUUGCCAAGUACCAUAGUGUUAGUGUGUACUGUUAGGGCCUUAAGAAUGCAUGGCGGUGGAGCUAUUAAUCCCAAAGUCUCCGUUACACCAGUAGAAAAAGAAGAAGCAUUGAUUAAAGGCGUAGCAAAUUUGCAGAAGCACAUCAGCAAUAGUGUCAAAUUCGGUGUUCCUGUAGUUGUAGCUAUAAAUGCUAUGAAGGCAGACACUGAAAACGAAUGGAAAAUUGUUAGAGAUGCGAGUCUACAGGCUGGUGCAAUGGAUGCGGUUGUGAGCACCCACUGGGAAAAUGGUGGGUCUGGAGCUAUUAAAUUAGCUGAGACUGUUAUUAAAGCCAGUCAACAACCCCAACAAUUCAAAUUUUUGUAUGACCUGAAUAUGCCACUGCAGCUCAAGAUUGAAACUAUUGCUAAAGAAAUGUACGGUGCACAAUCUGUGGAGUUUAAUGAAAAUGUUUUAAACAAAUUGAAUACAUACGAAUCUAAGGGUUAUGGGAAGUUACCAGUUUGUGUGGCAAAAACAGCGUUGUCAUUAAGUGGAGAUCCAAAUCUUAAAGGUGUUCCUACAAACUUCACGCUACCAAUAGUGGAUGUAUAUGUAUCUGCUGGUGCCGGAUUCAUUGUUAUAAUAGCCGGAGAAAUAUCCAAAAUGCCCGGCUUGUCUACUCGUCCAAGUAUCUACGAUAUUGACUUGAAUACUGAAACAGGAGAAAUUAUUGGUCUAUUUUAG